UGAAAAAGAAUGUAACCAAUUUUUAGUAUCAACAAAGAUCUUAUUGUUAGCACCAUAAAACCAUGAAGUUUAUGAGGAGACCCAUAGUGGUCACAUUCACAUUGUUUGUGAUUGUUUCUGUGAUCUACUUUAUGACAUCAGCCACAUCCAGUGCCCGGUUGUCGUUGGGGCCAUCGUUACCACUUAAUUUAAAGAAAAACUUCAAUAUCCAAGAUCAGGCGUUGAAAGACGUGGAAGAAGCACCACCUCUUCCGGAUGAGCCGGCCGUAGCUCCUGCUCCUAUGUUUGAAGAAGAGCCAGAUGCAGGUCAGCAAGUUCUUGAAGAAACAAAGAGUGACAGUAAAAAGGAUAUGACGGAAGUCCCAUUCAUGCCCAAGAUGGGUAAUGCUACGUUGCGGGCCGAGCUUGGACGAUCCACCUGGAAAUUGUUCCACACCAUAUUAGCAAGAUACCCUGAGAAGCCUAAUAACUUAGAACGUAAAACUUUGGAAACAUUCAUUCAAUUGUUUGCACAAGUUUAUCCCUGCGGUGACUGUGCUCGACAUUUCACGGGAUUGUUAGCUAAGUAUCCACCCCAGACUACUUCGAGAAAGGCAGCUGCCUUAUGGGGCUGUGAUGUGCAUAAUAAAGUUAAUGAGAAGUUACACAAGCCAGAAUAUGAUUGUAGUAAGAUCUUGACCGAUUAUGACUGUGGAUGCGGCGAGGAUGAGAAGGCUCCCGAUUACACUUUGGGCAAUCAAAGCAUGGACAAGUUGAGAAACAUAGAUGUGGACGAAAAGGCAGACACUUUACAGAUGGGUUAGAUAGUUUUAUAUGAAUUUAAUAUAUAGUAUUAAACUUAUACAACCGUACAACAACCAGAAGGCCGUUUAGGUUUCAUCAUUUGAUAUUUUUGAUAUUGAGCGAAUUUGUUGCGUUCGGGUGGUAGUUUCCAAUUAUAAGGUAUGAGAUAAUCAGGCGUUUCCUCCACGUAGUUGAUAAUCCUGUAGCUGUUAGUAUAUGCACGUUUAUACAGUAUGAGGUCAUACUUACAAUUCACAAGCGUUUGAAGCGGGGAUUCUUUCUCGGUUCAAGCUUUCUUCAAGUCUGUUAAUGAGCUCUUUAAUCCGCUUUAGUUUUAGUAUUUGUAUUUGUUCAUUGACUUCGUGAUUCAUGAUGGUGCACAGGGUAAAUGUAGAUCUUAUGUUUUAGUCCCCCAGGUCUUGGUAUAAAUCCGUGUU